UGUGCUAUAAAGAAUAUGCCAAUAAUCAAGCAAAGGAGAACAAUACGCAUUUCUCUGCUGCCAAACAGAUGGCGUCACCACAAUGCAGAUGCGGCUUUAGACAGUUCUCAUCCGUUUUGAUUGUUGGAUGUUCGGUGCUGUUAAUGUUGACGGUUUUGAAGAUAAUAGGCGACAGGCCGCAAAUGUGUAAAUACAGUGUUCCUGAUAAAAUCCCAACAAAGCCGAAAAAAGAGGCACCAUUGCCACCCAAUGCCCGCCAAUUGGGAUCCGAAGAUAAAUCUUUGCUAAGGACAGCCCAAAUAGGAAAGCAUCAUUAUUCUCACGACACAGACACCGUUCUCGACCCAGGGGCAAUCAGACCAUUCCCUACCCUCCCGUCUUACCCGCUGAAACCCGGCGGAGCAGGGAGACAUUACAACCCCGGUGUACUUUUGUCAUUUUUCCAAUCGGAACUCACGGCUGAAGAUAAAGAAAUCUUUACAAAUAUACUAGGUACCAUAGACAGGGUAUGCAGGGAGAACAAUAUCACCUAUUUCAUGUCUGCGGGCACCUUGCUCGGGUCAUACAGACACCAUGGUAUGAUACCAUGGGAUGUUGAUGCUGACAUUCAUUGCAGCGUCCACGGUAAGGCGAAACUGACGGAGGCAUUUUCAAAACAUGCUCCAGACUAUGUUGUUCAUACCCCGCUCCACACCCGCUACCCGGGGUUACUGAAGGUCUAUUACAAGCGGUCAAAUAUCACGGUGGACGAGUGGAAAUGGCCAGCAGUCGACAUAUUCCUGUACGCGGAAAACGAAACACAUAUUUGGGAUAUUCCUGGUAACCUAAGCGGAACCGAAGUACCUCGCCCACUCAACCCCAGCUCGAGUAAACUUUACAAGACAUUCGAAAAAAAGUCAUAUUUCCUCUCCACAGGCGUCCUUUUGGUAACAUCCUUCUCUACGCACCUCGAGACUCUUUUGCCUAUCUGA